AUGGGAGGACAUCGUAUGAAUUAUCCAAAGGACGUGUGGACUCCAACCGGAGGAUAUUACACUAACUCAAAGAAUGCUCCACGUAAUUUUAAAAUUGCUCUAGGUGUUGUAUUCUUGUUGGCAAUUCCAGUUUUCAAAAUCAGUUCAACAUUCGAGAGAAGAGCUCACCCUCCAAGAUAUUCUAUUCCUUCGGAGCGUUGGACAGCCCAUCCAGAAGAUUACAAGAAAUAA